AUGAAAAUGAAAUACAAAAUCAAAAAUGAAUGCUUGUCUUUGUCAUACACAGAACAACCCAUUAAGUUUCGGCAAUGCAACUAUUUCCGGCCCACCUGCGACUGCCGGACCGUAGGUAUCCCUACCCCUCCGUCAGAGAUUCUUCUGCCCCACCUCCAUCCACCACGAGUCUACUUCCAACAACAUUACACCAACCCCAAAAAACACGAAAUGUCUGCACAAGGAAACUUCGAAUUGCUCGCUUUGGAGAACCCACUUCUGGACAUCCAAGCGUUCGGAGACGAGAAACUCCUCCAAAAGUACGAUCUCAAGGCCAAUGAUGCCAUCCUCGCCGAGGAGAAGCAUCUCGGUAUCUUUGAUGAUCUGAUCCAGAACCACAAGGCUGUGCUCAUCGCUGGCGGUGCGGCCCAGAACACUGCUCGCGGUGCCCAGUACAUCCUCCCACCAAACUCCACCGUCUACAUCGGCUGCGUUGGCCGCGACAAGUAUGGCGCCCAGCUUGAAGAGAUCUGCAAAAAGGCUGGCGUGAAGACCGAGUACCGCUAUGAUGAUGAGACCCCCACUGGCCGCUGCGGUGUGGUUAUCACUGGCGAGAACCGCUCCCUGUGCACCGAUCUGGCGGCCGCCAACAACUACAAGAUUGAGCACUUGAAGCAGCCAGAGAUAUGGAAACAGGUCGAGAACGCAAAGGUUUAUUACGUUGGCGGUUUCCACUUGACUGUCUGCGUCCCCGCUAUGUUGGCGAUUGGCGAGGAAGCCGCUGCAAAGGACAAGACUUUCAUCUUGAACCUCUCUGCACCCUUCAUUCCCCAAUUUUUCAAGGAUCAGCUCGACCAGGUUCUUCCUUAUGUCGAUAUCCUCAUCGCCAACGAGACCGAAGCCGCUGCAUAUGCCGAAUCCCACGGUAUCUCUUCCAAGGACGUCAAGGAGAUUGCCAAGUCUAUCGUCAGCCUCCCCAAGAAGAACAGCAAGAGGGCCAGGACCGUUGUCUUCACACAGGGCACUGAACCGACAGUCACCGUUACUGCUAACGGCAGUGAUGUUGAUGUCAAAGAAUACCAGGUUCACGCGAUUAACAAAGAGAAAAUCACCGAUACGAACGGUGCCGGUGAUGCUUUCGCUGGAGGUUUCGUCGCGGGUAUCGUGCAGGGCAAGCCCCUCGACACCGCUGUCGACAUGGGCCAAUGGUUGGCCAAGUUGAGCAUCCAGGAGUUGGGCCCUUCAUACCCCGCUUCUAAACAAACCUACACCCAGAGCUGA